CCAAAGUACGGUUGAAGAAAACAGCUUGUCCGACAGUUCCGCUGCAGGGACAAGCCAGUACUUCACUGCAGAGACAAUGGCCUGGGCUACUUGCACUUGAUUAUGAUAUGCCUCUUCAAUCACAAGAGCAAACACAGGAGCCUCAUGGUGCAUCAGAUAUGCCAGUGGAAGAUGUGUCUCUUCAGUCACAAGAACAACCACAGGAACCCUGCGUUCUUUCGGAGCCACCUGGCACACCUGACACACCAGUUUCCCCACCUUCACCUGUUCCAAGACCAUCUCAUAUCCUUGCAGCAGUGUGGGUGAUACACCAACCACUGCAAACCUGGACCGGCUGUCACCACCCACCCUUGGAGGUGCCGACAUUUGCUCCCAGUCACCUGUGUUGGCUCCUGAUUCAUUGGGUUCAUCUGCAGCUACACCAAGAAUACACAGGGGAGGCAGACCCAAAAUUGUGAGGACUCCAAGGACCACUUCUCUAAUUCAGUCACUAAGGGCGUCACGUGACAAGCUGUGAAAAAGUCUGUUUCGUGCUAGAAGAACUGCUUCGACAGCACAGCUAAGUACCUUGUCAAGAGCUCAGAUAAUUAACGGUGCAUCACGGUAUAUGUCAAA